AUGAAUCAGGACUACUCUGGAACCGCCUGCGCUGUCGAGCGACGUUCAAUCAGCCGAGGCGACCCAAGAUGGCUCCAGAUCGUGUACCGUAAUUCCCAAGCAUACUUGGACUUGAUCAGAGCCAGCCCUCGAGGGCUGAAAACAUGGAUUCCAUUCGCAAUAAUGUAUGGACUUGGCUCGGCAGCGAUUAGGCUGAGCGACUUUGGCAGCCGAACCGUCGAAUUCAUCAAACACCCGAGCGUCAGUGGCUUCUUCGGUCCAGUGCUUUCCCUACUUGGCUGGCUCUUUCUUCUCGAGGGGGGUUUCGUGGUUUUGAUGGCAUUGUGGCAGGCGAUCUUCGCCGGGUCGAAUUCCCCGUUUCGAGCAAACAAGCAAGCAGCGGAUGCCGCACGGAGCGCAGAAGAGAACCAAAGCAUCACACCUCUUGAUGAAAGAGAAGGCGAAGCCACUGAAGAGACAGCGCAGCCUGCUGUUGAUGAUCAUGGCAAUGCCGACCAGCCAGACAGACCAUGGGGACGAGGACCAAUAGCUUGGAUUUGUGGGUGCAUGGUUGUCUCUCAAAUUGCUAUGAUUCUCGGCUUCUUCUUACCAGUCAUUGUGCUGAUGGAUCUUAAGAGAUGGGGCGGUGACUCGCAGAACGAGUUUGGGGUCUUUGACUUUGUCUUUCUGCUGUCCUUGCUGCUCGCUCUGGUUUUGGCGACGGAGUUUCUCGCUUGGGCUCUGUUCUUUGUACUCAUCACUAUUGGCGAUAUCGUGUUAGAUCCAGGAGCACCCAGGGUACAGGACUGA